AUGGCGCAUACCAACUGGCCUGUAUUUGAGCACGAUGGGUGUUAUUUUAUAGACAGAUUUCAUGACAUAGAUGCAGUGAAAGAGAGACGAAUCGACCGAUGGGACAUUCGAGAUGAUGACGUCAUCAUACAAACGUUUCCCAAAUCAGGCACGCUAUGGAUGUUGCACGCUGUGUCACAGAUGUACGACAACCUCAAUUGGAAGCUGAAACCAGUAGACCGAGUUGCACGGCCCGGGGUUUGGUUUGAGAAAACAGACUCAGUCCCAGGUUUAUAUGGCAGUAUGGUGAAGGCAGUGAAGAGUACAUUUCAUGAAAUGCAGUCACCUCGUUUGAUGAUUUGUCACGUACCCCAGCAGUUUUUCCAUACAUCAUGGAGGAAAGGCAACAGAAAAUGCAAAAUAAUCCAUGUAACACGAAAUCCUAAAGAUGUAUGUGUGUCAUCCUUCAAGUUUUUUCAAUCGCUUCAAUUCAUCGAGAUGCAUCUGACCUGGGAGGAGUGGGUCAAGGCAUUCGUUGAAGGACAGGUGCCCUUCGGACCAUGGUUGGAUAACGUCUGGGGAUGGAAUCAGUUUGGCUUGGAAGACAACGUAUUACACGUGACAUUUGAAGAUAUGAAACGAGAUUUGAAGUCUGUAUUGGUUAAAGUGGCCGAUUUUCUUGAGCGUCCUCUCUCUGAUGAUAUGUUGGACCACGUGGUGUCUCAAUGCAGCUUAGAUGCCAUGAGGGCUUCACAGACCGAUGUACAAACACUAGCUAUUCGGGAUGAAGGAACAUCGCGCGAAAAUAUGAAGUUUCUGCGUAAAGGCGAGGUUGGUGACUGGAAAUAUCAUUUCACUGUGGCACAAAACGAAUAUUUUGACAAGAAAAUUACAGCAGAAGCAAAUAAGCUUGGACUACAAUUGCAAUAUGAGUGA